AUGUUCCAGUCACGUGAUGAAUGUGUCUACAGCCUGGAGAUCUAUGACGACGGCUCUGUGGAUAUCGUCAUCAGUGACGUCAGUCUCUCAGUGACGGUUGGGCUGGGGGUGGACGCCUCAAGUCGUCCCAUGCUGGACACCAAAAGCUGCGACAGCUCUAUUGAUGACGUCAGUCUCAAGUUCCAGGGCCUGAACGAGAUGAUCUGGAACCUGUUCAGUGACAUCUUGGGAGAUUUGUUGAAAGAUGUUCUACAGAUGAAAGUUGGACUAGGUGGUCGCUUCGUGCUGGACUACGGUCUGAUAGCGCCGGUGACAUUUACAGCUGAUUACAUGGAGAGUCUGCAUAAGGGUGAGGUGUACUGGAUAACGGACAAGAAAGAAAGCCCCCUGACACCUGAGCGGAUCCCCCCGUGGGGUGACUACAGCAGGAUGUUGUACCUGUGGGUCACAGAGUACACGGCCAACACGAUGGCCCAGGUGGCCCAGGAUCACGGGUAUCUGCAGUACAACCUGACGGCCAAAGAUCUGCCAGCUGCUAUCAGAUCUAUCCUACAUACGUCAUGCACAGGAAGAUGUAUCGGUACUCUCGUUCCUAAGAUAAGGGCCAAGUACCCCAACUCACUGGUAGAGAUCCAUGUCAAGUCCUCCUCCACCCCCCUGGCCAAUAUUCUUGACAGUGGUUUGAACCUGGGUCUGCUGGGUGACCUGGUGCUGUAUGCUCGCACACCUGAUGGUAACUUGGCUUACCUGCUCACGCUUGCCAUGAAAUUAUCACUCACUGGAACUGCCUACAUUCACCAUGAAAAAGUUAAGGGGAAAAUCACAGACCAUAACUUCAAAGUUAGUUUGAAAGAUUCGACUGUGGGUUAUGUUGGCGUAUCUGGUUUUUAUUUAGUGCUUAGUCUUGCCCUUAAACAUUUUGUUAUUCCAAGUUUUAACACUGUGGCGGAGAAAGGUUUUGAGCUGCCCAUCACUGAUGACGUCAUGUUCAUGAACUCAAAGAUAACAUUCCAUGAAGGGGUGCUUAUAGUGUCAACUGAUGUCCAGUAUUUAACAGAGGCGGAAAAAUAUUUUCUGGUGGCUUUAAGGGGUGACUUUUUAUUUGGAUUAAACGCCUUAAUGUAUGAAGUAUAUACCCCAAAUUUUGAGAAGCGUCAACAAAUUACCGAAUUGUUCCCUGCUUUUUUGUACUGA